AUGGUUCCCUUCCCAAAAUAUACUAUUUCGUGCUCUGAAACCAUCAUGAUUGCAAAACUCGGUGGAUUUGAGAAUGCUGAUCUGCUGGCGAUUGCUGGUUUGAUCGUCACAACCUUGGUGCUGUAUCCAUGCUAUCGCCAUUCGCCUGUCAUCUGUCACAUUUGUGCCAUCCUCUGUCACCAGGACGUGUGUGAGCUGACAGGUGCUGCAGUUAUUCAUCUUGUUGUGCGCCAUCUGGUCCAAGGCGAUGCAGUCGUGAUGGCGUUUUAUGGUGCUGCAUGCAGCCCUUGGCUGAUGAAAGCUUUGUUCAAGCCAUCUGAACCUGAAUGGCACCUUGUUGGUGUUGUUUUUUCAAUGGCCAUGAAACAACUACGUGGCCUGCAAGUCAUAAGUCUUUACUUGGUGGUAUUUGGCUUACAUAAGACAAUAUUGAUAUCUGCAGUUGAUGUUUAG